GGGAAGAGUAAUAAAUCAGAGGAGGAAGAACCGAAGCCCGAAAAAUAAAUCAAGUAGCUACCAUUCUCCUUAAUUAACAGCCUCCCUUUGCAAGUAAUUACAAAAAUACCUGUCUAUGCCUAAUCGCGGUACAGCGUACCAUAUAUUUUGGCACGAUUUAACGGAAAAGCCGAGCAGCGACAUUGACGAAAUCUGAACUGAGGAACAGCUACCGGCGACGCGGCGACGCUUGUCGGUUGGCAGUUUGGCCGCCUGCUGGACUUCUUCAAUUCCUUAUUCCUCAAUCCUCAGGCCUCACCCUCCUUCAGGCGUGGUGCAGAGUCGCCUUCAGCCCUUCACUGCCUGUGUGCAUCAGCCCCUCACCAAUCAAGCCAAUCAGCGACAGCCUUUAGAAUCUUCAGAUAUUGAGAAAGUUAGAGGGAGGGAGAAAGAGAGCUAGGGUGCAUGUGAAUGGCGGAAUUCUUUGCGGCUGACAAUUCAGAAGCUAUAAUCACAAGAAUUGAGCAUAAGUCUCGGAAGAUUGAAAGCUUACUCAAACAGUAUAAACCUGUGGAAGCUCUGAAAACUGCUCUUGAAGGCUCACCUCCCAUGACUAAAGAUGAAAGAUGCAAGUCUGCAAAUUGGAUUGUAGUCCAUAGGGCAAUCAUGGCUAUAAAGGAUUUGGAUAGCUUGUUCUCUUCUCUAGAUCCUGAGUACUAUGAUAUUCUUAUGAAGUAUCUCUACAGAGGCUUAUCCACAGGGGACCGCCCCACCUGUGAUCAGUGCCUAAGAAUUCAUGAAAAGCUGACCGAGAAAGCUGGUCUGGGCUGUAUACUAAGGUCUCUUGCUGAUACUGUAAAUAUCGUCUAGUGUUUCUACUCUAUAUAUUUCGGAGGAAGUAGAGCAACUAUUUUGCAUUUAGCAUUUAUUGGUAUGCAUUCGGUAUUCCAUAUCGUCUAGUGUUUCUACUCUAUAUAUUUCGGAGGAAGUAGAGCAACUAUUUUGCAUUUAGCAUUUAUUGGUAUGCAUUCGGUAUUCCAUAGUUUAAGGCAGUCGAGUUUAAUAAGUUAAAAGUAUUGUCUUUUUUAGACUUGAUUCUUUGGAAGAAAAACAUUUAUUAGCAACUUGUACUGGUUAUUUAUCCUAGUUUACUAUAUCCGAG